AUGGGGGGAAAAAGGUCACAAAGCUUUCUAUCUAAAGUCGAGUCUCAUUCUUCUACAGCAAAUCCACCGACUGCCACCUCCCAAUGCUGGUGGGGUUCUGCUGUACCUAAUUCUAAAACUCGUUCUAUCUGCAGUAGUUCAGUUCACUUUUGGGACGAAACUCAAAAGAAAAUUCAUCAAAAAAAAUCUGUUUUCGAAUUCUUGGUCGGCUUCAACUUCUUCCUACAAAAAUUCGGAAAGAGAUUAGCUGUGAACUACAUUAAAGAUUUAAUGGUUUGUAUACAAAAUCCAAAUAAAUGCUCCUACACAAGAUUUAGUGUGUUGCGUCUUCUAACUUAUCACGACAUGUUAGAUAAAAUUGACUUUUGGGCUGUGUGUUGUCUUUAG